AUGGCCUCGUCUCCUUCUCUCCCUCAAGAUCCAAACCCACACUCAAACUCUCUCUCUCAAAACCCUAACAUCCCUAACCCAGAUCAAAUUCAAGAAACUUUACCUGAUGAUGAUGCCCAAUUUCCCAAAACCCUUACCCUAGAAAUCCCAAACCCUAACCCACAAGAAGAUGACCCAACAAACCAAAACCACGACGACUUUGAAGACCUCUCGACUUUUUCUCCCGCCACCACCGCUGCCUCCCGUCGUGGCGUUGGUGGCCGGAAAGGCAGAAAGGCUAGCAAAAAACGACGCGUGCAGGUUAAAAAGUUAGAAAAAAAGCUUGAAACUUUAAGCCAAUCCCUAAAACCAAUCCCCUUUGUGCCCAACAAAGCCCUUGACUUUGCUUCCCAUGAAACCCUUUUGAAAAAAUUGGGUUUGUGGGAUUUUGUGCACUUGCAAUUUGAUACUCUUCUUCGUGCUGAUUUGCUUGCUCAAUUGAUUGCUGGUUAUAACCCUGCGAUGCGGGGUAGUUAUGUUAAUGAGAUUAAAAUUAUGGUGAAUCGGGCUGAUUUAGGGCGUGCUUUGAAGUUGCCCGUGAAGAAAGAUAAGGGGAAUGUAGGAGAUGGGGCAUCUGAGGUGAAGGAGAGUGCGGAGUCAAUUGGGUUUAUAGAGGAGUUGGUUUCGAAUUGGAUUUUGUUACAUGAGGAUACUUGGAUGAUGCCGCCAGAUAUAUUGAACUGGAUUAAAUUGAUUAAAGAAGGGAACUUUGAGAAGUUGGAUUGGGCUGGAAUGGUUUGGUAUAUGGUGGAGAAAGAGUUGAAUGCAGUGCCUAGUUUAGGGAAUUGUUAUUAUGCGUCGCAUUUGCAAUGUUUGAUAAAAUGCCAGAGAGAGGAGUUGUUGAAGGAGGAGAGUGUUAAAAUAGAGAUUGAUGCUAAGGAAGGCGAGGAGGAGGAGGGUUUGAAGAUGGAGGAAGGUUUGAAGACGGAGGAGGUUGUGAAGAUGGAUGAUGAUGUGAAGAUGGUUGAUGAGUUUAGAGGUGAAUCCUCUGUGUUAGAGGAACAUAAAAUUGAGUUGAGUCUUGGAGGGAUGGAUAAUGCAGGGAAGGAAGAGGGUGAGAAAGAGGGAGAGGGGAAGGAGAUUGUUUGUGAUGAGGACGUGAUGGGUUUUGAACAGAGGAAAGAGGAAGAAGAUCAGGGUCAGUGGAGAAAGAUCAGCAUGGAUGGGCAUUUUCUGCAGCCGUGUAGUCUUAGUCAAGUUGGGGGAAUGGAAUGUGAGGAAGAGAGGAAACAGCAGGUUGAGGUGGACGGAGAGGAAGAGGGAAAGGGAGGGGAGGAAGGAGAAGAAGAGGAGGCAGAGGAGGAGGCAAGGGAGGAGGUAGAGGAGGAGGAGUUGGAGGAGGAGGCGGAAGAAGAGGAUGAUGAUGAUGUUGGCUUUCAUAUUUCAUCCAAAAGGAGUAUUUUGGAGGGUGUAAGCUCUGAGAAUCUUCUAGAGGCAAUGGGAGCAGCUCAAGUUCCUUUUAGUUCAGGGGUCCAAAUUCAUGAUAAUGUAUCAUCAGGGGAGUUUCUUGUUUCUAGGGUUAAUACAGAGACAAUUCCUGGUGGUUCUUCACUUUUUGGUAAUGUUGGCGGGAGCAAGAGGGUGAUUGACCAUCUUGAGAGCGAUAUUCCUCAUCACUCACUUGGUGGUGGUAGUAAAAGGAUGAGAAGUGAUGGGCAUUGGGAUACAAAGCCUUACUCGGACUUUGAUAUGUUUGAGGAGGAGAUGCAGCAUAUGAUGGGAAAAGCUAGGAUGAUGAUGGAGCAGAAGGAACAGUCAUGUCAGCAAAUGAGUAUGCAUCAACAGGUGUUGUUUGAUGAGUUGCAGCAGCGUGAUAACUUCAUUCAGCAAUUGCAGAAGGCCAAGAUGGAAGAGCAGCGGAAAAGCCAGUUGGAAGUUUAUAGGCUUGAACGUGAACUAUAUAUGAUGGGAAAUCUCUUAGAGGGCUAUAGAAAGGCUUUGAAGGAGACGCACAAGGCAUUUGCUGAGUACAGAGUAAAAUGCCAACUACCUGAAGAACCGAUUUACAAGGAUACUGGGUCUGGAGGUCUUGUGUUGAGUACCACAGAAUUGGAGAAGCAACGCCUGAAGCAAGAGGAAGAAGAAAGGUUAAACUGUGUAUUGCUUGAGAAGAUGGUUAAGGAAUUUGAAGUAGAGUGCAUUCCUAAGUUUGAAGGAUAUGAGGACACCAUUAAGUUACUGGAUGACAAGUUGCUGCUUGUUGAGAAGAAAUUCAACCUCCUGAAGGAAAUUUUUGGAGAGCGAAAGGCAUUAGAUAUGUCAGAAUGUGUUGCCACUGAGGACUGUAUUCCAGCUAAAGAAUCUGUUCCAACUGAUGAAUCUGUUCCAGCUGAAGAAUAUGUUCCAGCUGAAGAAUCUGUUCCAGCUGAAGAAGGUGCUCCUGCUGAAGAAUGUGAUCCAAUGGAAGAAUGUGCUCCUGCUGAAGAAUGUGAUCCAAUGGAAGAAUGUGUUCCAAUGGAAGAAUGUGUUCCAAUAGAAGGAUGA